CAAAACGCGCUCGGUCGAGGACACUCGUAUUUAUUAUUUUAUCAUGAACAUCAAUACAUAUAACAUUUGCAGCAAGCAAAAUAUCGAAAUUUAGAAAAGAAACAUGUUUGGAAUAACGGAUUAUAUCAUUUUCUUUUUAACAAUAUUAAUUGCAUUGUGUAUUGGUAUAUUUUUCGCUAUUUGGGAAAGAAAACGAAAUACGACCGUUGAUUAUUUUCUUGCGGGUCGAAAAUCUAGCACUUUACCAGCUGCACUUUCCUUCGUAGUAAGUUUUCAAUCCUCAUUGAUAGUUAUAGGAUUUCCUGCAGAAUGCUAUGUAUAUGGAACCGGACUAGCAUAUUAUGCCGUUGGUAUAACUGUUGCAUACAUUUUUGCGGCAGUGUUUGUUGUUCCAGUAAUGUAUCCAUUAAAACUGAUAAGUGUUUAUGAAUACUUCAACCUACGAUAUGGAAACAAUGUUCUACGUUAUAUGGCACUUGGUUCAGGCAUCAUAUAUACAUUAUUUUAUAUGGCAUCAGUUACAGUGGGCACUUGUGUAGCUUUACAGGUUGUUUUGGGUAUUCCACCGUGGGGAACUAUUUUGAUAUAUACUGUUGUGACAGCCAUAUAUACAUCUAUCGGAGGUAUUAAGGCUGUUAUUUGGACGGACGUUUUCCAGCUGAUUAUCAUGUCCGCUGGAAUGAUUGCUAUUUUAGUGAAAUCAUGCAUAGACGUUGGUGGUUUAGAAAAAAUUUAUAAGUUUGCCAAAGAUAGAUUUGAUACAACAGAUUUUAACGCUGAUCCAACUAUAAGAUAUCAAUUCUGGAACGUGUCUAUUGGAACAAUAACUCAAAUGCUUUAUAUAACUAUGACCCAGCCAUCUAUGCAAAGAAUAUAUUCUGUACGAAAUAUGAACCAGGCGCGUGCAUUAUUUGUUAUAGCAACACCAUUUUAUGUUAUUAUUACUGUAAUUGGAGUACUCGAAGGUGCAUUCCUGUUUGCUUACUUUUCUGAGAAAGGUUGUGACAUACUCGAAGCAGGAAUUAUUGCCAAUGUCAAUGCUAUCGUACCAUUUGCUGUACUGGAAUUAUUCCGUUACCAACCAGGUUUGGCAGGGUUGUUUACAGCCUGCCUUUCUAGUGCAGGAUUAAGUACCUUGUCGUCGUGUCUAAGUAGUUUAUCAGCUAUUACAUAUGAGGACAUCAUAAAAGUAAAUUUCAGAGAAAUGAAACCUUAUCAAUCAACAAGAAUAGCAAAGGUUUUCGUUUUGUUUUAUGGCUCUAUUGUCAUGGGCCUUUCCUUUUCGAUGUUACACAUUCCGGGUUCCGUAUCAGCUAUCUUUCAGGGUUUUAUGGGCUGUAUGGACGGUCCCGUCUGUGCUCUAUUUAUUCUAUCCCUAAUGUGCCGUAGAGUAACAACAACAGGAAUUUCUAUUGGACUUUUAUGUGGAUGUGCAUUGGUAUUUUGGCUAAUCAUGGGAAGUAAUUUUUCUGACGUUCCGCCGUAUCCAUACCUUGCACAUGGUCCAACUAACGAAUGUUCUGUAUACAGGAACAAUUCAGAUGCAAUGAUAGACAAUACACUAGAAUACUAUUAUAGUAACGUAUCUACAGUGUCUAUGACUGAUGUUCCGUUUUCCAGAAAAUUUGUUUAUUCGACUGAACCUAAUGAAACGUUUGGUUCUACAUCACUACUCCAUACGAUAUAUAGUAUUUCAUAUAUACUGUUUUCUGUCAUUGGCUUCUGUACGACAAUCUGUGUAGGUUUAGCUGCAAGUCUUUGCACUAAGCGCCAAGACAGGAUUGAUGAAAGAUGCUUGUUUUCGUUUAGGAAACACGUGAUCAAUAAUUUAUUCACUGGAAGUCAUGCAGGUUGUGAAAAUAAUGGCAAACGUAAAGAUUGUCAUGAAGAUGUGAAUUUUCUCUCAAAGGAAACUGAGUUUUGA